GAGAGAACAAACGUUAAUCUACAUAUUAGAAAAGUGCUGGAUUUUUGCAAAAGCUUUUUACAGCUCUGAUGAAUUAUAUGUAGAGAUUGGUGCAAUAAAUGGAAUCAUAUAUUUUUUUCUUUUCCAUCCACCUUAUCGUUAUGUACCUGCUAACACUUUACAAUAGGGUUUCAUUCAUAGUUAAUGCAUUAGUUUACAUGAAUGAACUAUUGUGUUACUGUUAAUACAAAUACAAUGCUUCACUGUGCAAAAACAAAUGUGUUUUAAUAAAUGUAAUUAAAUUAGAUUUGUAUUUAGCAAAUGCUCCUUAGUGUACAAGUUACCAUUUAUGUUAAACAUUAAAAGACAGCUUUAUUUCUGGAACACAACGGAUUACAAUUAUUCAUCACAGCAUGCCAUGAGUAAAAAUACAUGCAAAUGUAAAUAGGAAUAGAUAUGGUUUUGUAUAAACGUUCCAGUUCCCCAAACAGGCUGUCGUUUUCUGACUGGAGCUAUAUCACAGCUCAUGGUUUGUCCACAUUGCGGUUUGGUCUGCGCUCGUGAAUGUAGCUUUUUGCCCAAGCAGUUAGGCAUGCACACUCAAUAGGAAACUAAAUGCUGAAUGCCAUGAGGUUUUCUGUGGCUCGGGCAGACCAGACAUGCUUCUGCGAUUUUGAACAGUGUGCAAACAUUGUGCAAACGCUGUUAUGGGUAGUGUCUGGUCCCUCAAAGGUUGUAAGAUUUUGUGGAUUUUAGUCCGUCUGUCGACGGUGUUGAUUUUUCCGACACAGGAAAAAACAAAUUCCUCUGUCAAACCAUGCGUUUUCAAACUCCAGAAGGUUUCAAGGAAAAAAGUUAAAGCAAAAACGGUAAAAGUCUACUGAACAUUAUUAUAGUUUCAUUACUAAUAAAGUGUUGAUCUCUUUUUUCCUUCAUGCCUAGUUUUCAGAUUUGUUUAUAUUUGUAUCUUUAGUGAGUUUUUCUCGCUGUAGUUCCUUUUUUCGCACUAAAAGUGAAAGUUGCUUAAGUACAUAUACAGUACAUUUGAAUCGAAUUUGAAUCCAACAAAUGUAGCCAAUUGUUUUAAUUUAGAAACGAUACGUUUUCUUUAUAAUAUCACAUUUACCAUUUAUCUGACGAAGUUCAAAUGUUUCUCUAUACAUAAAAAUUAUAGAAGCAUAUUCAGAAAGGGGGUCCCUCGCAAGAGGUUCAUCUUUUUGGGGGAUCCCUGGCAUCAUAAAGUUUGAAAACCCCUGUAUCAGAUGACUUUAAAGCUGCAAUUCAUAACAUAAAAUUGCAGGUUACUUUACGUUUUUGUGUUUGCAUGGGUUGAAGUCAAAUGACGACUGCGGUUUCCUAUGAAAUCAAACUCGACAGUUCAAAUUAUAAAUCAUUAUUAUAUGCUUACCGUUGUAAAUCAGGAUAAGAUAAGGAGACAGUGAUAUUUAUGUACUUAACCAAAAAAAGUUACAGAUUGCUGGUUAUUAUUUGAAGAACAAAUAUGAUUAUUUUUUUAUUUUUUUGCUAGGAGACAAGAAGCCAGAUAAUCUUUUACCCCACAGUUCCCGUAACAGUAAGAAAAUGAUUCAUUUCAACCGUUAUUUAUGAACCCCACACCUUAAUGAUUCAACAGCCUCCCUUGUCAAAACAUCUGACAUGCUGCCAAACGACUCGACUCCUGCCCCUUCCAUUCAUCAAUAAAUCCCAAAGACAAAUGCGAGGAAACCUGCUUUUUCGCCUAUUCUGUUUCUUCUUGCAAAAUUUUACUACUGUAUUUUUCCCAGAAAAGCCUGAUGGUCAUAAAGCAGGCAGAUGUUUUACACGCACAGAUGGCCAAAGUGAACCUUCACUUAACAAUAAUGUCCCUUAUAACAAUAAUGCCUAUUUGUUUUUGUUUCCACUUUGGACAAGGAAAUGGGAAGUAUUCCGGGAAUUACCUUUUCCUGAGUUCCAGCUAAAUGUUCAAAUAUAGCACAUGGUGUGGUCAUACAAUUAAACAGUUGUUGUGGUGCCCAAAUUCCCUUUUUUUUUUUUACACGGCAAUCCCGCAAGCCCCCCCGCUCUCCAUCCAUAUAUUGUUAAUAAUGCCCAUUGUGUUGGAGCCCCACUUCCAGGUGCUUACAUGUUGUGUGAUGUCACAAAGGGAACUUCACACUACACAGGAAACUGUUACACACCUGCUAUAUCCAUUCACAUUCUAUUACGCUAAUUGCAUGGGCACUCCAAAUAGAUUUCCAAUGCAAAGACCUCAUGGGAACCGAGCGCUGUAUGUAGGUGGCGUCUUGGGGUGUGUAUAUGAUUAUUGGUGUGAGAAACAGGUAAUAGGUGUGAGAAAUAGAUGAAAUGAGUAAUGCUUUUGAUACAAGCUACAAUGUUUGCUGUAAAUACCUGAAACUAUAACGUCAGAAAGGUUGCUGUGAUCCUGAAAGGUCUAUAUUUGUUAGUCUAAUUUAGUAAAUCAUCAUAUCUGGCAGCCUAGAACACUUGCAAUGUCUUUACAUGACAGAAGAUGCGUUGGAAAAUGGAAUAAAAGAAACAAAGUGAAGCAUCAUGCUACACAGUCAUCGAAAUGAUUUAAUUGGACAAAAGAAAAACAGGCCUGCUUCAUAAAAUGACAGAGAUUAUCGUAGUUUAGCCAUAAUCCUAAUUUGAGAUUUCCAUGCUCAUUUCAGGCCGUCACGGCGAGAGAGAUCCUCUCAAGUCUGGUUUUUCGAGCGAGCACAAUCGAAGCUUGUAAAAAAUGUGACAGCGAAUCUCCCAUGAACAGUAACCUACAGCCGCCUGAAACACCCUCCCCUAUAAUUCCAGUUUGGCGUGCCGGUCUGCCUGGAAGAAAUAAUAAGAUGAACCAAUUUGGAAAUAUUUAUCAGCGCAGUCCUAAACCGGCGAGUUGACAGUUCUCCUGAAGCUCGCACAAUUGGCUAAUAUAUUCUCGUGUAUUUGAAUUCAAAUUGAAUUUGGUCUAUUCUUUGGAUUUUGCACUUGUUUUCUGCCACCUAAUUUGUGCGCUAUCAUUUAGACACGCGACGCUGCCAGAGAGGCCUGACGCUACCCUGCAGCAGACCACAGAUGAAAAAUCACUUUCAUAACUCUUGAAAUCAUAAACCAACAGGACGGAAGCUCUCGAAAUACAUAGGUUCCUUUAUCGUUUCAUUCUUUCUAUUGCCUCUGUUGAGUUUUCAUUUCAUAUUUAGCCACGAACGAUAAAAAAAGUGUAGGGAAUAUACAUGUGCUGAUAAACACACAGUACUAUUCAAAGUUUGGACGCAUCUGAUUAAAUUUAUGUUUCUUUUGAUCUGUUCGAGCUCAGCUCUUAUGCUGAAAUGCUGUUUUAAAUAAAGUAAAUAAAUAAAUUCCAUACAGUACAUUCUUCAAAACAAUUAGGCAUGUUAGACAGAAAAGAAGACAAACAGCUUACUCUGUUCUUAGGAAAAUGAAUCUUGUCUGAUUGUUUACUUAGUCAUAGAGUCAUAAACUGUCGAUGUCUCAAGCAAAUCUAGGCCAGGUUCACUAACAACUCCCUGUUGAAUCAGUAAGUCUGGCAGUAACGUCAGCACAAAAAGUUCUUACAAAGACUACAGUAUUAGGGAAAUUGUUCAAAAACUAUGCUUCUUUUCUCUUAAACUUGCACAUAUUGAAACAAAAGUGUUUGCAUUCAACUCCAAACACGGACACGUGUUAAAGUUCAUGGUGUUAGUCAUUAUCUCAUGAACGCUGUAAUUUUUUCACAGCACAUAUUGUUUCUCUGUUCCUUGUGGUAUCGUGUCACAAAGCAAACUCAUUUUUGCUGCACGCAUUGUUCUUUAUUUCACACUUCCAUAAUUGCUUUGUGACAUCUGCGUCUGACAUACUGCAUCUCAAGACAGAUUCUAAACAUAACUAAGAGAAAAAUCUCCUGAUGUACCGUACGUCAUUGCAAUCACCACGCGUGAACCGCCGACCUCACCUCCACAUGUUGAGCUGUGUGAUUUUGUUCCCAUUUGGCCUGCGAGUGAAAGACGGGCACAACAGUUCAAGGAUAAUCUAUACAAAACAAACAAACCCUUUUAACAGUUGUGACUGCUCCUUGAAAGGCGAAGGUUACGUUAUGGGGAAACAGGAAGCAGAAAUCCUGUUUUGGUUGUACUUCCUUUAAACAGUACUUUAUUACAUGAGCAAGUUACUAUAUUUACAUUUAUGCAUUUGGCAGAUGCUGUAAUCCACAAUGCCUUGCAAUGCAUUCAGGUUUUAUGUUUUAUCCUUAUACAUGUGCCAUUGGGAUCGAAGCCAUUUGCUCAGUACUUUUUUAGAUGAUGUUGGAAUAGUUGCGAUUCAGCAAUGACAUGGCAAUGACGGCAGACAGCACCUACAAUAGUGAAAACAUCAAACAUUCAUCAAAGCGCAAAGGAAUAAAGACGAAUCCAUGUAAACGCAGAAAAGCACAACCCCAGAAGCACGCCUAACCACAGCAACCAACCACAUGACAAUAAUAUAAUAAUGGUCUGGUUAUGAUCACACGAGGUUUGUGUCGCACGUUGUUUGCUGAUGGAGAAACUGAGUGACAAUGCACACUUACGUACUGUAAAAAAGUCAAAAGGAUCUAAAUAAUUGAUGGGUCAGAAACCUGCUGAGAGACGCUUUCAAGCCCAUAUAGGGGAAAUUCUGCAGACCAACUCAGACUCAGACAGUGACAUAUGUUGUGGUUUGACAUUUCAUGCAACUGUGACGUUAUUUAGGUCCGCUGAACAGACCUCAAAACCCUUCAAACUGAACUGAAAGCGUUCGAAUAGCAUGUUUGCCAACGUCAGGGGGAACAAAUGUUCUUUAGUGUGAGCGACACAAACAUAUUGCAUAAUCUUCCAUCAAUAUUUGAAAGUUAAGGUGAUUGAGCAAACAGCCAGACAAACUUUGGUCUACUCAGUCUCGUAAAACCGUCUCUGAUAUAACUGAGGUUAAAGUAGGUUUGCCUACAAUCUAAAAAAUGCUGGGUUGUUUUAACUCAUGGCUAGGAAACAUUUGGGUGAAUUUAACCGUAUGUUUCAAUUAAGAUAGAAAAUAUAUAUAUUUGACAAAACACUGCAUUGAAACAGUCCACCAUAAGUUGAUUUCAACCCAACCGUGAACUGAAAAAACAGGACUGUACCGCAGGUUAUAUCCACACUACAGAGGCACACUGUUGCCUCUCCACAAAUAAACCAGCACAUUUGGAGGAUGAAGAAGAUACUGUUCCAGAUACAGUAUGUCUUAUAAAGGAGUUUUGAGUCAGAAAACUGCCUAAGCAUCAAGCCAUGCAUUACUGUAACAUAUCAAAACAACAAUAAAACAAAGUUUUAUCAGAUCUUGGCCAAACUAACUCACCACUUCCUUGCAGGACUUGCUGCUCUGAAUAUACAGUACAGGAAGCAGAUCUGACACGCAGCGUAUCUUACUACACCCGGCUUUCUUUGCGCGUUUUUCGCGCUGCGUCACGUCAAUGCGUAGAAAUCCUCCGCGCGCAACACUAUGUUUGCACGUAUUGUGUUUUUAACAAUAAUAUAAUAUCAUGACCAUUAACAACCGUAGUCUUUUAAAGGGUGUACACAAAUGCGCAGAAGUGAUUUUUCCCCGCUGUAAAGUUUUGAGUUGCAUCUUCCCUGACGCGUGAAAAGCGAGGGUGUGAAACGAAUCUUGUGUGAAGCGAAACUUGUCAGCCACACGGUCUUUGAUAUGAAAAGACUAAGUUUAACGCAUCAAAGUUUGGAAACCAAACGUGAGUGUGGCGACACCAUGCAGGUAUUACGUGUCGUUUCCUUCUCGUCCUUUAACCUGAAUUGACUCAACUGUCAAAACGCACCUAAUUGUUCUGUUUUAUGGCAAUUAUUUCCUAUGUAUUUUCUGUAAAGCUGUUUCGCAACAAUGCAAAAUUAUAAAAAUACAUAUUUGAACGGAACUUGAAUUAUACAAUUAUACGUGCCAACUGCGUCACGCAGUAUUGUACCUGACAGCGCAUCUCUCGAAGGUGUCAGACGUGUGUCUGAAGUGUGCUAGAAAGUUCACAAUAUAGUAUCGGCUUUUUUAACUUUCGUAUAACUAACCAAGCACCCAGCCUGCAGUAGAAUCAAGGUCUAUGAAAAUGUACAGGGACGCAGGGACUGUAACCAAAAAAAAGGAUGCAGCUUGUGCAGAGUUGGAGAAGUAGUUGCGAAGCUCGGUCUGCAGGACGGGAGUUUGCCACUGCUUUCAUGCAAAACUACCUAGCUGUUCAUGAACAACCGCUCUUUCAACUUUAUAUCAGCUCGCUGCAUUCCAGUUGUUGGGUGAAGGUCAAUGUCCCGGGUCUUCAUUUUACCCAAGAGAGCCAACUGGCUGCAGGUCAGGGCAUCACUGUAACUCUCCCAAAUGAGGUCGAGCUGUUUGGCAGCAAGAUGUCACGGAAGACUGCCCUCAUUCAGGCAACUGAUGAUGUAACAGUGACCUCGCUAAACUCAAAGCUGUACACGGCAGAUACUUCUUUGCUCUAUCCUAUGAGCGAGUGGGGUACGGAAUAUUUCAUUUUCACUCCAAGCAAUUCUCCUCCAUCGAUGCUGAAGGAGUUUGUGCUCGUCAAUGGUAAAGAACAGAACAUCGUGGAAGUGUUCCUUCAGGCAGCAGUUAGAUUUGAAGGACGUUUGUAUGGUGUUGGCAGUAAACUUGUUGUGAUGAUGAAACCCUACGAGAAUGCUCAAAUUCAAAGCCAAGGAGACCUGACAGGAACCCGAGUGUCUUCGCAAAGUCCCAUCGCUGUGUACUCGGGUCAUAUGUGCACUUGGCGCUUUUCUAAGUGCAAUCAUGUUUUUGAGCAACUGUUGCCAGUGCAGAGCUGGGGAACUCAAUUCCUGGUGGCUCCAUUGCACGUACAGAGCCAGUUUGACACUGUGUAUAUCCAGGCAUCACAGUCAACCAACAUAACGCUUCAAUCUGGCCAUUUUACAUCAACUGACAUUUUACAGCGUGGUCGUAUACUGGAGUUCAAAGUCCAGUUUCCAGAGGGUCUUCACAUCAUUGCUGACAAAGGAAUUCAGGUUCUUUUUCUGUUUAACGGAGUGCGAACAUCUCGGGGGCAGUUGUAUGACCCGUUUUUGAUCAAUCUGCUGCCCAACAAACAUUUCUGUUCCUCAUAUGCACUGGAAGGCUUAGCUGGUUUUGACAAUCAAGCCAUUCUGAUUGUUUCGACUAAUGAGCAAGCAGGGAUUCAUUUCGAUAGCUUGAGUUUACCUAGAAACACUCAGUGGAGAGUAUUCAAAGGUAGCGAGUAUUCCUGGACUGAACUUGUUUACCAGCCUGGGGCAGGCAGGCACAUUGUAAGUCAUCCGAGUGCUUCCUUUGGGAUGUACAGUGUGGGGAUAGGGCAAGUGAAUGGCUAUGGAUCUGCAGCCCCAUGUAUUGUUCCAGAUGUAUUGCCAAUGCCUCGCUCUUGCUUUGGCAUGACCUGUAGUUUGGACAAAGAGUGUCAGAUGAAUGGUUCUUACUCCAUAUGUGUAAAGAAGCCAGUUGGCACGUGCUGGGCUAUGGGUGACCCUCAUUACUACACAUUUGACAGACGCUAUUUUGACUUCAUGGGCACAUGCACCUAUGUCCUUGCGAAAAACUGUGAGGCAAAUGAUAUUCUACCUGCUUUUGAGGUCCUGGCUAAAAAUGAAAACCGUGGCAGCACAAAAGUCUCCUAUGUGGCACGUGUUACCGUGAACAUUGGUGGCAUCACCAUCAGUGCUAUGAGUUCAGAGCCUGGGAAAGUCAUGGUUGACCAGAGUAUGUGGAGUCUUCCGGUUUUCCUUGAUCACGUCGGAGUAUCUGUCUUCCAAUCUGGUCAAUUCAUCACCAUCCUCUUAUCUUUUGGACUGAGUGUGCAAUAUGACUGGAACCACUAUCUCAUAAUCACCCUGCCCACUACCUUCAUGAAUAAAGUUUGUGGCCUCUGUGGAAACUUCAAUGGUGAUCCCAAUGAUGAUUUUGCCAUGCCUUCAAGCACCCAGGCUCACAAUGUGACAGAGCUUGGCCGUAGUUGGAAGGUUCCCAACUUAGCAUUGGAUGAGGGCUGUACAGAUGAUUGUGGGGGUCAUUGCUAUGGCUGUGAUGCUCAAGCACUAAGACAAUGGCAGAAGGAAGAGUACUGUGGGCUCUUAAUUGUGGAGCCAUUCAUUCAGUGCCAUUCUAUAAUUGACCCAAGUGUUUAUAUUCAGAACUGUCUGUAUGAUGUCUGUAUGACAGAAGGGCACAGAUACUACUUAUGUAAGGCCUUAGAGGUCUAUGCAGAUGCUUGCCAACGUGUUGGAAUACAACUAACAAACUGGAGAGAAGCAGCCAAUUGUUUUUACAGAUGUCCUGAGAACAGUCAUUAUGAAUUGUGUGGUAGUGCAUGCCCUUUGACCUGCUUUGGCCUUGGUUCCCCUGAAAACUGCACUUUGCCCUGUGUUGAAACAUGUAUCUGUGACCGUGGUUUUGUUCUGAGUGGAACCAAGUGUGUACCCUCAACACAUUGUGGUUGUUCAUACAAUGGACAUUACAUUUCUGCUGGGGAGACUUUCUGGGUGGAUGAUGUUUGCCAGCGACUUUGUCGUUGCUCAGAAGGUAGACAUCUAGAGUGUGAAGAAGUAGGUUGUAGGGCAGGGCAGCAUUGCCAGGUGGUAAAUGGCAUUAGGGACUGUUAUGCAAUCUCUGAAAGCACGUGCAUUGCAAUGGGUGACCCCCAUUACUACACCUUUGACAGCAGAAGCUUUGACUUCCAGGGCAACUGUGUGUAUCAGUUAGUCGGGUUAUGUGCCACAGAUCCUGGAUUGGUGCCCUUUGACAUCCUGGUGCAGAAUGACUUUCGGGAAAGCACAGUGGUGUCGCUCACUAAACUACUGGAGAUUAAAGUGUAUAACAUUAGCAUUGUUAUCGACAAAGACUACUAUGGUUACGUUACCGUUAAUGGUGAAUUGCUGAACCUCCCUGUACAUUUGAUCGAGGGUCAGGUGUCUGUUUUCAAGAGUGGUUGGUCUGCUGUUAUUCAAACCUCUUUUGGCCUCAAAGUGACCUUUGACUGGAACAGCAUGGCAACGGUUACCCUCCCCAGCACUUAUAGGGGGGCCGUAUGUGGUCUUUGUGGGAACUACAAUGGAAAUCCAGCAGAUGAUCUAACUCUUAAAGAAUCAACAUUACCUGCCUCAGGUCCAGUAGAGUUUGGUGCCAGUUGGCAUGUGGCAGAAAUCCCAGGUUGUGUCCAUGGCUGCACGAGUAUUUGCCCAGAUUGUGACCCCACCACAAAAAGGCUUUAUGAGACAUCUGAGUUCUGUGGAUUGUUGCAUGAUCCACAGGGGCCUUUUACAGACUGCCAUGCUACAUUAGACCCCGCCAUGUAUUUUGAGAAUUGUGUUUAUGAUGUCUGCUUGUAUAACGGAAGGAGAGAUGUAUUAUGCCAGGCUAUAACGGCAUAUGUAUCCACUUGUCAGGCUAUGGGAAUAUCCAUUGGUCCUUGGAGAACUUCUCAGUUCUGUGGUGUUCAGUGUCCUAUCCACAGCCACUAUGAACUUUGUGGUUCUCCUUGUGAAGUUACCUGCCUCAACUUGGCCCCUCCCAUCGGCUGUCAUAGUUUCUGUAAGGAGGGCUGCGUGUGUGAUGAAGGCUACAUUUUGAGUGGCCAUCGGUGUGUUCCCCUUUCUCAGUGUGGAUGUCUCUUUGACAGCCGGUACUAUUCUUUUGACCAGGUGUUUUAUCCUGGCACCGGUUGUGAACAGGAGUGCAGGUGUAUGCAAUAUGGUCAGGUGGUUUGUAAUGAACUCUCCUGUGGGUCAAGUGAAAAGUGUGAGUUGAUAAACGGUGUUCGCAAGUGCCAGCCAAUCGGAGAAGCUCUUUGUAUAGCUUCUGGUGACCCACACUACAUGACCUACGACAGACUUUACUAUGAUUUCCAGGGUCCCUGUACCUAUGUUUUGUCCCAAGCCUGUGGCCUGGAAGCUACUAACCUAUCCCCAUUCUCCAUCCAUGUGGAGAAUGAGAGAUGGCCCUAUACAUACAGCAAACUCUCUGUUGCCAAGCAGGUGGCCAUGAUAAUCUAUGGGAACACCAUCAUUUUGAAAAAACACAUUCCCCAGAUCUUGGUCAAUGGGGUGCUGACUAACCUCCCAUACAGUUCCAAUAGUUUAAAUGGCACCUUGGUCCAGGUUUAUAAAGAUGGGUGGAACUAUGUCAUGAAGACUGACUUCGGACUCCAGGUGACCUACGACCUUUAUUACUACGUCACUGUUACUAUCCCUGGCAACUACCGCAGCAAGACUUGCGGAUUGUGCGGAAACUUUGACGGAAUUCCCUCAAAUGACUUCCGUCUUCCAGAUGGGAAUGUUACACAUGACGUGAAUGAAUUCGGAAGUGCCUGGAAAGUGGACAUCCAUGGAGUGGUGUGUGAGGAUGGAUGUAAGGAAAACAAAUGCCUGGUGUGUGAUUCCAAACUGAAAGCAAUCUUUGAGCAGCGUCCCUACUGCGGAGUUCUGGUUGAUCCCAAUGGACCAUUUGCCCGCUGCCAUCCCGUGAUAAACCCAUCAGCUUACCUAAACAACUGUGUCUUUGAUACGUGUGCAUCUGACGGGAGCAGAGAGGUGGUUUGCGAGAGUGUGGCAAGUUAUGCACAGAGUUGUCUCACAGCGGGUGUUGACAUUGACAGGUGGAGGACAGACUCAUUCUGUCCAAUGUCGUGUCCAGCUAACAGCCACUAUGAGCUGUGUGCAGACGCCUGCGCCGCUGCCUGUCCUGGUCUUACUUCGAUAGUUCAGUGUCCUAAAACCUGUACAGAGGGUUGCACCUGUGACCUUGGUUAUCUUUUCAAUGGCCAGCAGUGUGUCCAACACCAACAAUGUGGCUGCUAUGAGGAAGGACACACUUAUGAGGCUGGGGAGGUGGUUUACUUGAACCAGUGUCAGAAGAGGUGUAAAUGUGAUCCAGGACAAGGACUUACCUGUGACAGUCACACCUGUGCUAACGACACACAGUGUUUACUUAGGGAUGGAGUGAUGGCCUGCUAUCACCAAGAUCCAUGUGAGGACAUUCUGUGUCGUGCGAAAGAGACCUGUCGCAUUGAGCAAGGCAAAGCCAUGUGCGUGCCCCUGUACAAUGCCACCUGCUGGGCGUGGGGUGAUCCACAUUAUCACAGCUUCGAUGGCUAUGACUAUGACUUCCAAGGCACCUGCAAAUACAUUUUGUCCCAGACCUGUGGCAAUAUAAGGGGCCUAGUGUCCUUCUCCAUAACCCAGAGAAAUGAAUAUCGUGACAGUUUAACUGUGUCUUAUGUGAGAGAGGUGGAAGUUUUUAUAUAUGGCAAGACUCUCACCAUGGUCAGACACCAGACGGCGCAAAUUAUGGUUGAUGGUUUGUUGUCGUAUCUUCCACUUGACCUUCACGGUGGACGAUUGAUGGUACGUCACAGUGGCAAUGCAGUUGUUUUGGUAACUGAUUUUGGUUUGCGAGUGCAUUAUGAUUGGGACUCCGAGGUUUACCUGCAGCUGCCUAGCAGCUACUAUGGUGCCAUGUGUGGACUGUGUGGCAAUUUCAACGGUAAUUCUGCAGAUGAGCUGAGCGACCCUGCCGGAAACCCCCUGCCGAGUGUGUCCCAGUGGGCAAAGAGCUGGAGAGCUGAAGACUCCAAGUUCAUGUCUGACUGUCACGAUGGCUGUGAAACGGACUGCCCUGUGUGUCCUUCUGACCAGCAAGCACUAUAUGAAACACAAGCCUUGUGUGGUGCCCUUACAACAGCCCAGAGUGUUUUUGUGGCAUGUCACUCUAAAGUAAAUCCACAUGUGUUCCAGCACGGUUGUGUGUAUGAUCUGUGCUUAAAUCAUGGAGACAGAGGACUUCUCUGUCAGGCUUUGGAGUCCUACAUCAACCAGUGUCGCCUGGAGGGUGUCCUCAUUACAGAUUGGAGAGAAGAAUUCAAUUGCUCCAUGAACUGCCAGCCAAACAGUCAUUAUGAGGCCUGUGCUUCUCCUUGUCCUGUAACAUGCCCACACACAAAUCAACAAACAGUCUGCUCAGACACGUGUGUAGAAGCAUGCGUAUGUAACAGCGGGUUCAUACUGAGUGCUGGAACUUGCGUGCCCGCCGACCAAUGCGGCUGCUUCUUCGAGGGCACCUACUACCAACCAGGGCAGAGUUUCUGGCUGGAUGAGGGUUGUCAUCAGCUUUGUGAGUGUGACCGUAGUCUGGGUGUUGUGGUGUGUCGCGAUUCCUCCUGUGGCCCCGCUGAGAUUUGCUCGGUAGUUGAUGGAAGACGAAGCUGCCAGCCAGCGAGCACUGCCUUAUGUUUUGCAACAUCAGAUCCUCAUUACCGCACGUUCGACGGACACCAUUUUGACUUCCAGGGCACCUGCGUGUAUCAGUUGGCAGCUUUGUGCGAAGAUAAAGAGGGUCUUGUACCUUUUAAUGUGACAGUUCAGAACGAACAUCGUGGGAACACAGCAGUGAGCUUCCCAAAGACUGUAAAUGUAUUUGUGAAUGGUUUUACUGUGACAAUGACUAGAGAACAUCCUUAUCAAAUACUGUUUGAUGGCCAGCUAGCACAGCUUCCCCUGUCAAUACCAAAUGAGUUCAUGGUUUACCGCAGCGGCAACACUGCGGUUUUGAACACAGACUUUGGUCUCAAGGUGACCUUUGACUGGGGCAGAAUGGCCAGCAUCACCAUACCUCUCGCUUACAGAGGCACCGUGUGCGGACUUUGUGGAAACUUCAACGGCGUCGUCGAGGAUGACCUCACGAUGUGCAAUGGUAUGAUGGCGCCUAACGUUUCAAGCCUGGGACAAAGCUGGCAGGUUGCUGCAUCGCCUGACUGCUCGUCAGCUGGUUGCCAUGGCAACGGAUGCCCGACCUGCACCGGCACCCAGAGGCAGGUUGCCCUGGACCACUGUGACAUCAUUAUAAACCAGACAGGACCUUUCAGAGAGUGUCACGGCCGGAUCGAUCCCUGGUCCUAUUUGGAGGAUUGCAUAUUCGACACCUGUUACUUCCAAGGACACCAGAGUGUAACAUGUGAUGCGGUGGCUGCGUACGCUUCCGCAUGUCAGGGUGAAGGGUUAACUGUUUACCCAUGGAGAAGCGCCACUUUUUGCCCUCUGUCUUGCCCGACCAACAGCCACUACAACCUAUGUGCCCCCGGCUGCACCGAGACCUGCGUUAAUCUCUUCACUGAUCGCAGCUGCAACAGCCCCUGCACCGAGGCCUGCCAGUGUGAUCACGGAUAUGUUCUGAGCGGCCAAAAUUGCGUGCCACUCUCAGAAUGCGGCUGCUUCUAUAAAGGCCGAUAUUACGAGAAACACCAGAAGUUUUACAUCAAUGAGCAGUGCUCGGAGCUCUGCAUAUGUGCAGAAAAUCGAACCGUUGAAUGCCAGGCAUCAGGGUGUGGCACGGGAGAAACCUGCGGUGUGGUGGGCGGAGUAUUGGGAUGCCACCCGAUUGACUACGGAAGGUGUGUGCUCACCGGUGACCCACACUAUAUGUCUUUUGAUGGCAGGUGGUUCGACUUUCAAGGCACAUGUGCAUAUACGCUCGCCAAGGUGUGUGAUCAGGCCGGAGGUCGGCUGGUGUAUUUUUCAGUGGACACCCAGAACGAGGGGUUCAAAAACCGGGGGGUCUCAGUCAUUAAGAACUUAACUGUGACUGUAUACAACUGGACAGUUGGUAUCAGGCGAGGCGAAAACUGGAGGGUCCUGGUGAACAAUGAGUUUGUCAACCUCCCUGUAUCUCUUGACAAUCGCGUAAUGAUGAACCAAGUUGGUUUUAGCGUCAUGCUUCAAACCGAUUUCGGCUUGAAAGUCCUAUAUGACACCAGUUACCAUGCAGAAGUCGAUGUACCCUCGAGCUAUCAAGGCAGCAUGUGUGGCCUGUGUGGCAACUACAACAGCAACCCAACUGAUGACUUCCUGUUACCCAACGGUACCCAGAGCGCCAGUAUUGAUGCUUUUGGGCAGGCAUGGGCAGUGGCAUCAUCAGGUGAUCAGUGUGGAGGAUGUGAAGGCAACUGUCAGCAGUGUGAUCAGCUGAAAGCAGAGGCUUACCAAGGAACCGAUGCCUGUGGCCUUAUUGCAACGGACGCUGGUCCUUUCAGUGCAUGUCACGAUCGUGUGAACACCCAGCCUUACUUGAAUAACUGUGUAUUUGACAUGUGCGUUGUGGGUGGAGAUAGAGAUAUACUGUGUCAAAAUCUUCAGGCUUACGCUGUUGUCUGCCAACAAGCGGGAGCACAGAUCAUGCCGUGGAGAAACGAGUCUUUUUGUCCACCUGAAUGUCCAGCGAACAGUCACUAUGCACAGUGCACCAACAACUGUGCCAACACAUGUGCCAGUCUGACCUCAACUGGCAGUUGUGCAGAUAUCUGCAUGGAAGGCUGCGAGUGUGAUGAAGGUUUUGUGUCAGAUGGUGAUCAGUGUGUAUCUUUGGGUGACUGUGGAUGUAUCCAUAACGGCAAAUAUCUGAGGGUUGGUGAAGUAUCAGUGACAGACACCUGCAACGUGAGGUGUGUUUGUCACACCGGUGGAGUGCUGGAGUGUGUAAACCAAGCAUGUGCCACAGGGGAGAUCUGCGAUGUUCAGAACGGCACACGAGGUUGUUACCCCGAGUCUGUCCGCUGUGUGUUUGAUACUGGUGACCAGUUGCAAACGUUUGAUGGUGUGGUGGGGCUGGUGAUGAGCCCUGGGGCCUUUCAGAUGGCUUUCCUGUGCGAUGAAGAAUCUCCUGACUGGUUCCGUGUAGUGAUUGAUGUGCGAGGAUGUGCCACCAGUGAUCCUGUUAAUGUGACUUUAGUCCACGUCUUUAUACAAGGCAUGAUCGUCACUGUCAACAGUCACCUGCACAGCUGGGUAAAUGGAAAGAAGGUGUCAUAUCCCAUCAUGCCUCAAGAGGGAGUAUCAGUCUGGUACAGAAAUGAGGCUGUGGUCGUAGAGAGCAGUGAUGUGAGAGUGACUUACUCUCUCGCUGACGGGGUAGGGUUAACCGUAAGCAGAGAGCUGAUGGGCAAAGUUUGCGGAGCCUGUGGAAAUUUUAAUGGAGAUGCCGUAGAUGACAUGACAACAUCUGAUGGGAGAAGCUCCUCCGUGAUGUCUGAGGUUGUAUCAUCUUGGCAGGCUGAAGACUUCUUUACAUGUGAUGAUUAAUACAGCUGGAAGGAAGAUCUUGCUAUAAUACAGAGAUUUAUAUGUAAUAGGGGAAUUGUAAAUUGUAUUUAAUUGCACAAUUAGGUUGAAAUAAUGUUGAAAUAAUGAACUGAAUGAUUUCUAUAUAAUAGCCAUUUGGUUUUAGUAUAAUCUUGUGCAUGUGCAUGACACAAUAAAG